AUGAACCAUAUGUUCAGCGAUUUGAGCACCAAAUACGACAAUGUCGCGAGUCAUAUGGACAUUCAGAUUGCUCAGACUGCUGAGAGCGUCAAGAGGCAACAAGGUACUCUACCUGGGAAAACCGACAAAAACCCUAAGGAGUGCAAUGCGGUUGAGUUGAGAAGCGGAAAGCAACUGUCUGAGCCGGUAAAGAAGAGGUUCACUGUGGCUGAGAAGGGGAAGCAGAAAGAGUCGGAACAACCACCAGCCGAUACCCCGGCAGCUAAGAAGGAGAGGGAACCAACAAUUGGAACCAAUUCGCCAGAACCAGAACAACCAGCUGAGGCUGUCCGCCCGAUCCCAGAGCCUGUUCCUGCUCGCGAAUACACUCCUAAAGUCCCUUACCUUGUUCCAGCAAAGGCUACUCGUAAGGACCGAGAGGAGAUGAAGUGCAGAAAGAUGCUGGAGGACCUAACCGUCCGACUCCCCUUGAUGGAUGCGAUCCAGAUGCUGCCCUCCAUGCGCAGCUUUAUGAAGGGAUUGAUCUCAGGAAAAAUAUCAGAGGAGAGCGAAUUCAUGACUGUCUCUAAGGAGUGCAACGCCGUGCUUCAGAACAUGCAGAUAAAGAAGCGAGGAGACCCUGGCAAGUUCGUCCUCUCUAUCCAGAUUGGGAAGACAAUUUUCUCAUGCGCCUUGGUUGAUCUGGGAUCCAGCGUAAACCUCAUGCCCUACUCUGUAGCACGACGUCUGGGAUACACGCAUUUCAAACCAACUAAGAUGUCCUUCAUGUUCGCGGAUAGAUCAGUUAAGUCCCCGGUUUGUAUUCUGGAGGAUCUCCAAGUAAAAUUCAGGAACACCUCUGUUCCAGCAGACUUCGUAGUUCUAGAGCUGGAAGAGGAAUCAAAAGAUCCUCUCAUCUUAGGAAGACCGUUCCUAUGUACUGUUGGAGCCAUCAUUGAUGUGCGGCAAGGGAAGAUUGAUCUCAAUCUGGGGGACUAG